AUGUCUAAAUACAAAGACAAGCAGGAAGGUAAAGAACUUGACUUAAGUUUGUGUAAUUUGACUAACGUGAGUGUAAGAGACAUCGCCCUUAUACCAAAGGCCACGUCACUGAAUUUGUCCUACAACAAACUUAUAUGCCUUCCCAGCAAUUUCCCUUCGCUUACUCAGAUUAUUCGUUUGGACCUUAGCAACAACAGUCUCACCGAACUGCCACCAGAUUUCGGAUCCCUUGUCAACUUGCAGCACCUUGAUUUACUCAAUAACCAACUAAAAAUGUUACCGAUUAGUUUCGGAGAUCUUCCCAAACUCAAGUGGUUAGACGUAAAAGGUAACCCAUUGGAGCCUGCUCUUGCUGAAGCUGCUGGCGACUGUCUAAACGAGGCAGAAUGCCGACGAUGUGCCAGUGAAAUGCUGAUCUAUAUGAAACAAAUUCAGGUGGAAGUGCGCAAAAAACAACAGGAAAAUGCCCGAAAACAACAGGUUAAAGCUGCAGCCCGCGAGGCCCUAAAAAAACGCAAACAAAAAGCUGAGAAAAUGUCGCAAUCAUUUGGCGGUGAUAGUUUCAGUUUCAACGCUAAAACAAUCACAUUCGAAAAUAUUCGAAAGCUUCAAGAAGAUUUCUGUAAUGAAAGAAACUGGAAUCAAUAUCAUAGUCCUCGAAAUAUUUUAUUGGCAUUAGUUGGAGAAGUUGGUGAAUUGGCAGAGAUCUUACAAAAGAUGCAAGAUUUUGUGGAUGAUGUAAAUGACAUCUUACAAGUACCAACUGACCAAAUACCACAAACAAGUUAA